AUGGGCGCCCUUCACCAAGCGCGCGUCUUCCUCUGGGGCGAGAAGCCCGCCACCAAGCUCGAACAGCGUCUGCUCUACAAGAUCGACGGCGUCGUCAUGACCUUCUGCACGCUCCUCUUCCUCUCCAACUACCUCAACCGUGCCAACUUCUCCAACGCCUACCUUACGGGCAUGAAGGAAGACCUCAAGUUCCACGGCAAACAGUUCAACCAGGUGCAGUCCAUCUUCACCGCCGGCUACAUCAUCGGUCUGUGGCCCAACAACCUGAUCCUCCAGGUGGUGCCGCCGCGGUUCUGGUUGCCCUUCUGCGGUGCGAUGUGGGGGAUCCUCUCUGCCACCCUGGCUGCUGCCAAGACGCCGCAGCAGGUGAUGGCGAUCCGCUUCCUGCAGGCGCUGUUCGAGUCUUCGACCUUCACGGGUUGUCACUGGAUCCUCGGCUCGUGGUACAAGGAGGAGGAGCUGGGUAAGCGCUCCGGUAUCUUCUCCACCUUUGCGCAGAUGGGUUCGCUCUGGUCCGGUGUUAUGCAGGGACGUAUCUCUCAAACCAUGAAUGGUCACUUGGGCCUCAAAAGCUACCAGUGGCUCUUCCUGAUCGAUUUCGCCCUCGCUAUGCCUAUCGCCAUCUUCGGCUUCCUGCUCUUCCCCGACACGCCGCGCAAGACCAAGGCCUGGUUCCUCAGCGAAGAGGAACGUCAGUGUGCCGUCAACCGUCUCCCCCAGCACGAACCCACCAAGAUGUCGUGGAACCUCGUCAAGCGUGUCUUUGGUCGAUGGCACAUCUAUCUCUUCGGGUUGCUCUUCGGGUUUGGAUCCAUGCUCGAGAGUGCCGGUAUCAACAGCGUGAUGGGUUUCUGGUUCAAGAGUCUCAAGUUUAGCAAGGCGCAGAUCAACUACUACCCGCUGUCGCUCAUCAGCAUUGCGAUCUUCACGACGAUCUUCGCGGCGUACAUGACGGACUACGUGGGCAGUCGAUGGUGGGUCAACCCGUUGAUGGGCGUCAUUGUCAGUGUGUCCUCCAUCAUGCUGCUCGUGUGGGACAUUCCGUAUGGGGCCAAGUUCUUUGCCUUUGCCAUCCAGGGUGCGGGCUACAUGGGGCAGGCGACCAACUUUGCCUGGGCCAACAUCGUCUGCGCGCAGGACGACCAGGAACGCGCCAUGGUGCUGGCAGGCAUGAACGUGUUUAGCAACAUCGUCAAUUCGUGGUGGAACUUUACGUUUUUUGCUGCCACCGAUGCACCGAGGUACACCAAGGGCUGGAUCAGCAUGUUCCCCCUCAGCGUGUUCGUUACCGUCGUCGCGCUGGCUAUUGUCUAUCUGGAGAGGCGCGAUAAGAGGAACGCAAUGGGCAGGUACGCCAUCGAGGAGGAGAAGGUUCAGGAUAACACCUACACCCUGCCCGCCCAAGGAAAGACCAGUGCCGACGGCGACGACUCCAGCUCGGACAAGCACAAGGCGUGA